AAAAAAAAAAAAAAAAAGCCAGGGGAGGAGGGGGGCUCCUGGCCUCUCACCGUCCCGAGACGCUAUGCCGUGGGUCGGCGGCGGCGUGAAGCGGAGGGAGAGCGCGGAGCUGCCGCUGCCCGCGGGCUGGGAGGAAGCCCGCGACUUCGACGGCAGAGUGUUCUACAUCGACCACAACACCCGGCAGACGUCGUGGAUCGACCCCAGAGACAGGAUCACUAAGCCGCUGACGUUUGCCGACUGCGUUGGAGAUGAACUGCCUCUCGGGUGGGAGGAAGUUUACGACCAGCAAGUGGGAGUUUACUACAUUGACCACAUUAACAAGACCACCCAGAUUGAGAACCCGCGGACUCAAUGGCGGCAGGAGCAGGAGCGCAUGCUGAAGGAGUACCUCGUGGUGGCCCAGGAGGCCCUCAAAGCCAAGAAGGAGAUGUACCUGGUCAAGCAGCAGCGGUUGGAGCUGGCUCAGCAGGAAAUGUUGCUCUGGCACGAGCUGUCCGAGGAAAACCGCUCCAUCACCAGCACGCUCUCUGGCUCGUCUUCAAACGCGAAAUACGACACUGACCAAAUAAAGGUGGAAAUCGCCUGUAGACGAGAGCGGCUCUGCAGACUGAAGCAGGAGCUGGCCCAGGUGAAGCAGGAGCUGCAGUACAAGGAAAUGGGAGUGGAGACCCUGCAGGAGAUCGACAGGAAGAUGUCGUGCAGUCAGACGAACUACAAGCUGGACGAGGCUCAGGCCAUCUUCACCGAGCUGCGGAGCAUCAAGAAGGCCAUCAGCACCGGGGAGAAGGAGAGGCAGGACCUCAUCCAGAGCCUGGCGAAGCUGACGGUGAACUUCCAGAGCGGCUUGUCCAUCGGUGACUCGAUCAGUGAAGUGGUGAACAGCACUGGAAGCGCGGGCGACUCGUGUAAUCUGCUGCAGCAGUACUGUGAUACUGGCUGUCAGACUGACAUCAUGGGAGAGUACGGUUCACAAGAUUCCUCGCACUUGGUGGACAAAGUGAAAGUCAAUUGGCAGUACGAGGAAGCCAAGAAAAAGGUGCAGAGCAUACAGCACCAGCUAGCACAGCUGGACAGUGAGAGCUGGUCGGGGCGGGCGGAGGCGGACCGGGACCGGGACUUCUUGCAGCUCCUGCGCGAGAAGGAGGCCCUGCUGCAGGAGCUCAUCCUGGUCAGCAAGCAGCAGCACCCCGCCGAGACGCUGCUGCAGCUGGAGGAGGAGCGCUCCCGGCUGGAGGAGGAGGUGCAGAGGGCCCACAGCUCCCAGAGCCAGGGAGCCAAUCAGAGAAUCCUGCAGCAGGAGAAGAGGAACGCUCUGCUCAGACAGCUGGAGGAGGCGACGCGUAUCACCACCUACCUUCACUCCCAGCUGAAGAGUCUGUCGGCCAGUUCUCUGACGGUGUCGUCCAGUAGCAGCCGGGGGUCUCUGGCCUCCAGCCGGGGCUCCCUGGCAUCCAGCAGAGGCUCCCUCAGCUCUAUCAGUUUCACUGACAUCUACGGUCUCCCGCAGUACGACCGCCACGAGGGGGCAGGGGAGCCUCUCGAAUCCCACUUGCGCUACCUGCUGCCCCUGGAGACUGUAUCCAGAGACUGCACCAUGUUUAACCCUGACCCACUGACCCAGAGCAAAACCAAACGCUCCCACGACACCCCGCAGUCCUUAGCCUCGCUCUCCUCCCGCUCCUCGCUCUCCUCCCUGUCGCCGCCCAGCUCUCCCAUGGACACGCCCUACCACUCCGGCCCUCAGGACUGCCCCCUCACCCAGAUGACAGAGGAGUACAUGGAGCAGGCGGGCCGCGGCCUCUUAGAGGGGCUGCGGGCGCAGUCGCAAGCCCUGUCUCACACGGCCAUGUUGAGCAGCGAGGACACGGUCGGCCCCGCCGCCGUGCAUCAACUGGACAACAAGAGUCUUCGGGACAGCGGGGCUCAGGCGGCUUUUACUUCCACAGGGGUGACUCUGAGAGGAAACAGCGCCAACAGGAGUGGCAGGAGGGCCCGGAGAGUCUCUGCAGGGGUGUCCGAGGACGCUCUGGCCACAGACAGCGGCGUUUUCGAGGCAUGGGGUCGAAGGGCGGAGGAGUCAGAGGAGAUGUCGUACAUGAAAGAGCCAACGUCUGUGAGCGACCCUGCCCAGAUCCAACUGGGGCUGCUGUGGGAAUCUAACUCUCAGUCUCUCCGACUUCAUCUGCUCCAGCUCAAGAACUUAAACAGGUCCACUGUGAGAGACAGCUAUAAAGUGUAUGUGAAGGUGCACUUGAUUCCACUGGACGCCAGCAGGGCCUGUGCAUUUUACUGCUGUACGGCGUUGGAGCCGCAGCCCCAGAUGAGUUUCAACGAAGGCUUCCGCAUUCCUGUCCCCGCAAACGCCCUGGCGGUGUGUUCCCUGCAGCUGUCCGUCUGCUCGCUGGGACCUCAGGCUCAGGAGGAACUACUGGGUACGGCCCAAGUGAGCCUGGCAGAUUGUGAGGAGAGCGUAGAGAUGGUUUACCACUGGCUGCGAGUCAAGAUGAUGAGCGGGACGGAGUUGCCGAGGCCCGAACAGAAGAACCUCUGCCACCGAAGGCACCACGAAGUGCACGAAGAUGAGCAGAGGCCCAGAGCCAUGGACACUUUGUGUACUCUGCUGUCACGCAACACCAACAACACCAGCACCCACCUGGAGGAGCGGGACUCGGAGCUGGAGAUGCAGCGGCUGGAGAAGAAGGAUGAGCCAGGGGAGGCAGCAUCCGAGAGGAGCUGGCAGGCGGAGUCGGUGGACAGCGGCUGCAGCAACAGCACUGCGUUCACAGCUCCCUGCUCCGAGGGCCUGUGUGCCGAGGGCAUCUGCAUCACCACCGGAGGGCGCUGUGAGCAGACAGCCGGCAAACUCUGCACAGUGAAGGUGGAAAAGGCCACCAUGACAGACGGCCUGUUCCCAGAGCCGGUGAGAGUUCGGCCCAAAGAGAGGGGCGGGCGCUGGGGUCACGUCUCGCCCUUUAUGCGUGGCAGCACCAUUGUUCGCUCUCAGACCUUCUCCCCCGGGGCUCGUAGUCAGUACGUCUGCAGGUUAUAUCGCAGCGACAGUGACAGCUCUACUUUACCAAAGAAAUCGCCUUUUGUCCGAAAUACGUUGGAAAGAAGAACGUUGCGAUACAAACAGCAGUCGUACCGUUCUUCCCUGGCCGAGCAACCAACCCGCACCUCCCUGGACCUGGAGCUGGAUCUCCAGGCCUGCAGGACGCGUCAGAGGCAGCUCGUGGAGGAGCUGAGUGCCCUCAGGGAGCUGAAGCUAAGGCUGGAGGAGCCGCAGGGCAGGGAGGCCGCCGAGCUCCCCCACUGGGCCCUGAGGGACGAGCGCUUCCGCUGCCUACUCCGGGAGGCCCAGAGACAGGCCGGCCAAAGCAAGCAGGAGCAGCGUCAGGAGGAGGCAGUGGAGAGGAGGAUGAGGAAGGCUUCCAAAGAGGUUCUGCAGAUGAGGGGGCAGAGUCAGAAGGAGCCCCUGCCUGUGCAGACAUUCAGAGAGAAGAUGGCGUUCUUCACAAGACCAAGGUUCAACAUACCUCCUUUGCCAGCUGACGACGUAUGAGAGCUCGCCCUCUAUAUUAUGUGACUAAACAUGAAGUAUUUGUCAAAUGUUUUUUCUGAGCUCAUGAAGUACAAGGUUAUUCCCACCAGGGGGACACAGGCGGGGGGGGGGGGGGGCGGCUACACGCAGAGGACGUUGAGGAUUAGAAGGUUUCACACUUUUCGACGCGUGAACACAACCAGACACGCGGCUCUCGACGAAGGCCCAACUGUUCAGAGGCCUCUCACAAGGAAACGGUAACUUCGGUCUCGUACAAGUUACCUCUGUCGUUUGUGCUUACAAAAAAAAAAGACUGGAAGAUGGGAACAAAAGUCGGUUCGGACAAAUUCACUGUACUGUAACUUAUUUUAUAGUACUUUUCCUUGAAGGAAAUAAAAAUCAAACAAACUGCUUCCUGCUUUUUAAGUGUAUUUUGUAGCUUUGAACAAAUAGCACUUCAGUGUUUUUACAUGCAGUAAAAUGGAGCUAUUGUCUUUGAUUCUUGUCUUCUGUUCCCUAAUUCUUAAGAAUUAUUUACAUACAAAUGUCACUUUGUAAUCCACUUUUAUUACUGAUGUCGUUGUCCUUUUUGUUAUGUUAUUAAAUUUAAUAUUAUUUCAUGUACUUUUCAAUAUAUGGAUGACUUAUAUGAAAACACUGUAUUCAGAUUUUUUUUUUUAAACGAUGUCUGUAUGAACAUCUGCAGUGUUACCUCUUGUGAAGAUAAAACCAUUAAACCACGA